CAUUUCUACGACCAAACUUUAUAAACUACACUCCAACAAUUUGAGCUGUCACCCAAUUCCCUCAAUUAUAUGGUCCAGUUCAAACUUCUCCGACUACCCUAUUUAUCUUUAUCCAUGAUCUCCCACUCCAUUUUUUGUGAUUUUGCUCACCAUUCCACGAACUAGUCAACAACUAGACUUUGAGAUAUCAAUAUACAAGAACAGAGUUUGUUGCAGUCAAUGUAGGUCUCGCCACGUUUGUUAGUCCAACAUUGUGUUUUUUGGAGUCUACUGCUUUAUAUCAUCAACAAGUACUAGUUCUGAGUUGGUGGUGGAGCUCACUGAAGUUAAAGCGCUUAUCUUUUACUUGGGUUUGUGUUCAAAAUCCAAAAGCAAGAACCUUUCAAGUGGAUCUUCAUGUUUUGGUUAGUUUAUUGGUUCUGUUUUGUUGCGCUGUUCUUGUUUUGAUUCUGUUGAUGAAAGAGAUAUCAGACUAGUGUUGCAUUAAAUAAUCUGAGCCUUGUCCCUUGCUAGUUCUGAAGCUAUUUAUUCCUGUUAUAAUCUGAGCAACUUCGUGUUCACCACUUUCUUUGUAGUGAUGUUGUCAUGAACCAUAUAAGACACUAGGUCUGAAAUUUUCUAUUGUAAUCUCAGCCUUGGCCCUGUUGGGUUUUCAAGCUGUUUCUUUUGCUUUGCUUCAAAAUCCCUACUCUUUCUCUCUCAAGAUUUGAGUAUGAUGAGAGGAGGGACUAUUAGAUUGCUCAUAUGGGUUUCUUCAGCUUUUUGUUUUUUAUUUGGUUCAUUAGGAUUUGAUCCUGUAGAUAAUUUUCUGAUUGAUUGUGGUUCACCGACCAAUCAAACCGUUAGUAAUCGUGUGUUUCUAGCUGAUGGGUCUUAUUCCGCUGUUCUUUCACCCCCACAGAAAAUCAUUGCCAAAAUCAAUUCAAAUUCUUCCUCCUCCAUUGAUUCAGAUGUUUUUCAAACUGCCCUUAUAUUCACUGAAGCUUCCAGUUACACAUUUCCGAUAAGUAAGCAGGGGCGUCAUUGGGUUCGCCUCUAUUUCUCUCCUUUUGUUCACAACAGCUACAAUAUGAGCCAAGCAAAGUUUUCUGUUUCUGCUCAAACUUUUACCCUUCUGAAAGAUUAUCAAGUAGAGGGUGGUUUUAUCAUUAAGGAGUACAUUCUGAAUGUAACUUCUAGCAGUUUGGUUCUCACUUUUACUCCUUCCUCCAAUUCGUUUGCUUUCGUGAAUGCGUUGGAAGUUGUUUUGCUCCCGGAUGAGCUCAUUCCCGAGGGUGCUAGAGCCAUUGGUUCGAAGGAGACUGAACAAAGUUUGAGUCAGCUGGCAUUAGAGACAGUUUGGAGGGUGAACAUGGGUAAUAAAACAGUUUCUCCCCAAAAUGAUACCUUGUGGAGAUUUUGGGAUUCGGAUUAUUCGUAUCUGAGAUAUGAGGGUGUUGCAACAUAUGUGUCAAAGCCAGAAGCUGUCAAUUACUCUGCAUCACCAACAAAGUACAUUGCCCCUUCUUCUGUCUAUGGCAGUGCAACCAUGCUGGACACGAAAAAGGAAUCUAGAAUGAUUGCCAAUCUGACAUGGAAUUUUGAUGUUGAACAUGGUUUCAAGUAUUUGGUGCGGUUUCACUUCUGUGACAUAAUGAGUAAGCCUGCUGACAGUGUCAUCUUCAAAGUUUUUAUCAAUGAUUUGUCCGUCUCUGACAGUCUUGAUCUUAAAAAUCUGACAUCAGAUGUCUUAGGCCGCCCUUAUUUUAUGGAUGUCAUCAUGAGGGCAAGUGAUAACCCUACGAUGAACGUAAGUGUUGGCCCUUACAGCAAAGAUGGAGCUUAUCUAUACCCAAUUACCAUUCUUAAUGGCCUUGAGAUCAUGAAAAUAAGCAACUCAAGGAGCAGCCUUGAUGUCUCUUUGAGUAACAGCUCUAAGAUGAAACUUGGUGUUAUAGUGGGUUUGGCUGUUGGAGUAUUUCUUGCUAUUGUUUUGGCUAUUGUUUUGUUCCUGUUUUAUAGAAGAAGAGGACGAGCACGUGCCAUACAUUCAAAGACAGAGGUUGUCAUGGUGAAUGCAGAAGAAGGUAAAGACAACAAUGGCACGGCGAUGUUUUCUGCCUCGAAAAUUGGGUAUCGCUUCCCAUUAGCAGCAAUCCAAGAGGCUACUGACAAUUUCAGUGAGAAUCUGCUUAUUGGAGUUGGUGGUUUUGGCAAGGUUUACAAAGGAGUUUUAAGGGACAGUACCAAAGUGGCAGUUAAGAGAGGAGCUCCUCAAUCAAAGCAGGGUCUUGCAGAAUUUCGGACUGAAAUAGAAAUGUUGUCUCAAUUCCGCCAUCGCCAUUUGGUCUCCUUGAUCGGCUAUUGUGAUGAGAAAGAUGAGUUGAUCAUUAUUUACGAGUACAUGGAAAAUGGGAGCUUAAAAAACCAUCUUUAUAGCUCAGAUCUUCGAUGCUUAAGCUGGAGGAAGAGGCUUGAAAUCUGUGUUGGAGCUGCUAAAGGACUUCACUAUCUUCAUACCAGCUCUGAAAAGACGAUCAUUCACCGUGAUGUUAAGUCUUCAAAUAUACUGCUAGAUGAGAAUUUAAUGGUUAAGGUUGCUGAUUUUGGGCUUUCAAAAACUGGCCCUGAGAUUGAUCAGACACAUGUCAGCACCGCUGUUAAAGGCAGUUUCGGGUAUCUUGAUCCAGAGUACUUGACAAGGCAGCAGCUGACAGAGAAAUCAGAUGUGUACUCAUUUGGGGUGGUGAUGUUCGAAGUGCUUUGUGGAAGACCUGUUAUUGAUCCAUCACUUCCAAGGGAAGAGGUAAGUCUAGUUGAAUGGGCAAUGAAGCGACAUCAAAAUGGGCAGCUGGAGGAGAUUGUAGAUCCUCGUCUUGCAGGUCAAGUCAAGCCAGACACAUUGAGGAAGUUUGGAGAUGUAGCUGCAAAGUGCUUAGCAGGACGUGGUGUUGAUCGACCUACAGUGGGAGAUGUGUUGUGGAACUUGGAAUUUGUGCUUCAACUUGAAGGAAAUGACGGAAGAUCUGAUCAUGCUAGUCCUGUCAACAACUUGGAGACCAGCACUGUAUCUACUGCAGAAUUAAGCAUGGGAAGUGUGGGGGACAUUGCUGGUGUCUCAAUGAGCAAGGUCUUUGCCCAGAUGGUGAGAGAGGACAUGAGGUAGAUUGCAUUGAAGCUUCAAGAAAUUCUGUUCCUCUUUUUCGUUGUUUCCAUUUCUAUGUAAUAUUGCUCCUGGUGAAGAGAGUAAUGUACAGAGUGAGGUGAGAUUCAAGUCAUUUCUCACAGUCUAAACAUGCACAAAGCAUCUACCAGAGAACCUGCAGGAAUAUGCAUUUUAGGUUCUUUCAUGUAUUUAUACUAGAAUGAGUGUGGCUGUGUGCUUUUAUACAAUAUUGGUUCUUUCAUU